AAGCGCUUGGUGUCGGUGCAGCUCGAAUCAUCCGAUGAUUCCCUAACCCAACCCCUAGCCAUUUCCCCCCCUCUCGGUAGAUAUACCACAAGGGAAAGAGGUGGGGAACGACGCCGUCUGGUGUGUGUGGCGAAAGGUCCGCCUGACAAAAAAAAACCCAACAUGGCGGUGAUGUGUAGUUUUGGUAUAGGCUGCGUCCCUCUACGCUCCGUUUAAAACGAUCGUUCUCGGCUGCCGAAUUAGUGGAAAAAAGAGACGCCCAGUUGAUUUCGUGUCGUUUCUCCAGGUGUGCAACAUCAAUCUACUCAGUUUAGUCGAAACAGUUGAUUAUUCGUUUUGACUUAUUCCAAAAGCUUUGAGGCCAGAAAACACACACACACGCAGUGGCAGCAGCAGAGAGUUACAACGAGCCUCAAAGAUUCAUCCAUCCGGUCUCACACACUUUUUCUUACGAUUUCGACCAAGAAUAUUUGACUAAAUGUUCUACUUCAAAAGUUGAUUGCCCAAAAGUCUCGAUAUCUCUCUGUGUGUGUGUGUUGGGAAUUGUUUGGUGUGUGUGUGUGUAGUGCACGCGGACAUGAGCCGAGAGAAACGUUCGUUGUCUCGUGAUUGUUGCCCAUCAACACGGCGAGUUCGGCGGGGGGUGAAGUUGUGAGGACAAAUUUCGUCAUCCAACAAAAACCCUAAAACCGAUUAACCUGACCUGCCAAUGAUCCGCCUCUUCUCUUGAAAAGUGUCGACCAAUUACGUUCGUUCACGCCACAAGCCGAAGAAACGGCUUGAAUUUUUGUUUUUCGGGAGAAAAGAAUUUUUCAUCUUGUUGUUGUUUUUGACGAAAAAAGUUAUUUUUAAACCGUCAAGUUGGGCAGCAAAAAGAAGAAAAUGUAUCCGGCACCAGCGCGGCAUCCCUCGGCGCAGGGUCCGCCGCCACCGCCGGGUCAGCUGAAAUUCACCGUGUCCGACACGUGUGAUCGCAUCAAAGAGGAAUUCAAUUUCCUCCAAGCUCAGUAUCACAGUCUCAAACUCGAGUGCGAGAAAUUGGCCUCUGAAAAGACGGAAAUGCAGCGUCACUACGUCAUGUACUAUGAAAUGUCUUAUGGCCUCAACGUCGAGAUGCACAAACAGACGGAGAUUGCCAAGAGGCUUAACGCCAUCAUAGCCCAAGUUUUGCCCUUUCUUUCGGCAGAGCAUCAACAGCAAGUGGCCACAGCUGUUGAAAGGGCGAAACAAGUGACGAUGACGGAAUUGAACGCCAUUAUCGGGCAACAGAUGCACGCACAACAGCUUCCUCACGGAGCAGGACUACCGCUAGGAGCCGGACACCCAGGAUUAGCUGGAUUGCCAGGAUUGCCACCUGGAGUGGCUGGGGGAUUGUUGACAUUUGGAGCGCUGGCCGGCGGAGGAGGAGGCGGCGGCGGGCCUCCUGGGGGUCUAGGAGGACCCCCAGGAGCCGGUGGUGCAGCAGCUGCAGGAUUAGGAGCUCUGGGUGGAUUGCAUCCGCUACUCAAAGCAGCCGAAAUGGGCGGAGCCGGAGGAAUUGGUGGUGGUGUUCCGGGCACUCCAACCGGCCCUCCAUCCACAUCGGCUCCUUCUUCCGGCAGCCGUGGUGAUCGAGAACACAGAGAACGAGACAGGGAGCGGGAGAGAAUGGAACGGGAUCGUGAUCGCGAGCGGGAGAGAGAACGUGAUCGUGAGCGUGAAAGAGAGCGAGAAAGGGAUCGCGAGAGAGACCACAGAGAGGAGCAUGUGAAAGUGAGCAACGAGGAAAGACACCGGGAUCGAGUGGGCGCCUCUCCCUCCUCCUCCUCUGUCCAGGCCGCCGAGAGGCUAGAACACAAACACCUGAGGACUCGCUCGCCCGGCGCGUUCAUCAGCGAUUUGGAAUCGAAACGGCGCAAGGACGAGCAACGAGCAGCCGACAGCGAUGGAGAAAAGAGCGAUCCUGAUCUAGUGGUGGAUGUGGCCAAUGAGGAUCCCAAUUCACCUUUAGCCAAUGGCGAGCACAGAGGCGGCGGAGUUGACCUCAGAGAAAACGGAGAUCGAGGAGGCAACGGACAUGGACUGGUCGGCAUGGGACUGGUCGGUGGAUCCAAACUGGAGAGAGCUGAACGACCUCCUUCUCAUUCAGGAUCGUCAUCCGCACGCUCCACCCCUUCACUCAAAACUAAAGAACACAUGGAGAAACCGACAACGCCGACCUCGAAAGGAGGAACACCAACGUCCUCUUCCACUCCGGCGCUCCCGCCAGGAGCGAAUCCGCUAAUGGGAUCGCUACAGCGCCCUGGAGCUGGUGGCCCACCUCUUCCUGGACCCUACGGUCCUUAUCCACCUGGAAUGGGGUUGCCAGGCCAACCGAUUCCGAGACUCCCCGAACCAGGUGCCGUUGGAUUUAUGCCGGUGCAUAACAGUCUCGCUGGAUACCCGCGACCGCCCGGUUUCGACGCCCAUUCUCAGUCUAGAGGUGCUGCAUUAAACUCAAACGGCCUUGGCUCGUUACCCGGUGGCAAACCGGCCUACUCUUUCCAUGUUGGUGGUGAUGGAGUGGUCCAGCCUGUACCGUUUCCUCCUGACGCUCUAGUCGGACCGGGCAUUCCUCGGGCCGCUCGGCCGCUGAGCACUUUGCCCCACGGGGAAGUCGUUUGUGCCGUGACCAUCUCAUCCCCUACCAAAUACGUUUACACUGGUGGCAAAGGAUGUGUCAAAGUUUGGGACAUCAGCCAAUUUUUCGGUAGCGGAGGAAGUAGCAAUAGCAGCAGUAAAAACCCCAUCCCCGUAUCGCAGCUGGACUGCUUGCAGAGGGACAAUUACAUUCGCAGCGUCAAACUGUUACCCGACGGAAGGACAUUGAUUGUGGGCGGAGAGGCCAGCACCCUGUCAAUUUGGGACUUGGCAGCCCCUACUCCUCGCAUCAAGGCCGAAUUGACAUCAUCAGCGCCGGCCUGCUAUGCGCUGGCCAUCAGCCCCGACAGCAAAGUUUGCUUCAGCUGCUGUUCAGACGGAAACAUUGCCGUGUGGGAUUUGCACAAUCAGACGCUGGUGAGGCAAUUCCAAGGUCACACGGACGGCGCCUCCUGCAUCGACAUGAGCGCAGACGGGACACGAUUGUGGACGGGAGGAUUGGACCACACGGUCCGGUCGUGGGAUCUUCGUGAGGGCCGCCAAUUGGCCCAGCACGACUUUGCCUCUCAGAUCUUUUCCUUGGGAUAUUGUCCAGCUGGCGACUGGCUGGCCGUUGGACUGGAGAGUUCAACUGUCGAGGUGCUGCACACGUUAAAGCCGGACAAGUACCAACUGCAUUUGCACGAAUCGUGCGUCCUGUCAUUGAAAUUCGCCGCCACUGGCAAGUGGUUUGUGUCGACUGGUAAAGAUAAUCUCCUGAACGCUUGGCGAACUCCUUACGGAGCCUCCAUUUUCCAGUCGAAGGAGUCGUCUUCGGUGUUGAGUUGUGACAUUUCUUCGGAUGACAAGUACAUUGUGACGGGCUCUGGCGACAAGAAGGCCACCGUCUACGAAGUUAUCUAUUAGGGAAUCUUUGACCAAGCGUAUUUUCAAGAGAACAAUGAGACAAGAGAAGAUGUUGAAAAGAGAUUGAGCGCCAUUAUUUUUCUUUUCUCAGUUAUCCAAAUUUGUUCGAAGGAAGAAGACAAUUUCAGCCCUCCGUCAUACAUACAUAUAUAUAUAUACGUAUAUAUACAGAAAACUUUCUGUGUCGACUUUUGAACUAAAUAUUGAAUGAGAGAGAGCCUCCCCCGUCAGGUGGACCCCACCGGAAUUCUUUAUAAUACCCUUUAUACGUGUGUGUGUGUGUGUAUUCGUCGCAGUGAAAAACGAUCCUUUCUAUGAUUUCGAUAGCUCGUUAUUGUCCCCGUUCUUGAACGACGAACUAGGCCACUCGAAUAUGAAAUGCUGGCCGAAUCAAAGUGCUGGGAAUCAGCAAUCCAUGUGCUUUCCUCCUAAUAAAAGAAGAAGAAAAGUUUCUUGGCAGUCCCAGGAAAGGAAAAAAGGAGCUAACAACAUAAAAGAAAAGUCUCGCAGCUGAUCAAGAGUGAAAGAAACAGAAAAAAAAUCCUCGUCUCUAUUUUUCAUUCUUAUGUACCUCAAAAGACUCCCACGAUUUUUCUUUUCCCAAUUUCAUCCUUCAAAAAUGUUUUCCCUUUCAUCUUUUUAUUUUUGUUUUGUUCUCGUGUCUUGUCUGAUCCACGCCGUCUGUGUGUGCAGCUGUGUAAUGGAGUAUCAGUGCGAAUCGGAGGAUUCACUCUCUCUCUACUAUCUAUCUCUCUCUCUCUUGUGUAUGUGUUUUUGUUUUGUUUUUCCUUCUUGACUGAUUUCAAUUGUUUUUAGGACUCGUUGUACAACUUCCCUUUUUUCCCCCUCUCGGUUUAGUAAAUUUGUUUUAAAUCCCCCCCGCCAGAGGCAUUUUGUAAACAGAUUUUUCAGAUUUCUAUUUGAUUCAAAAGACAUGUCGACGACACUUAAUCCCACCCUCAGCCAGAAGAAGAAGAAGACGAAAGAAAUUAUGUGUUGAA